ACGAUCGUAAGCUUAAAAUAGUGGAAUUAGGAAUAAUACCGACUUUAGCCAAAUUGAUUGAUGAAUCAAGUUCUCUACACGAAAGUGAGACAAAAUACUGGUCUUUAAUGGUUAUACAUCAACUGACACUGUGUGGUAAAAAUCCUUCCAAUCGCGAUCCCGUUAUACAAAGGCAAACUAUUCGCUUAGUUAUAGAAAAGAUUCACUCCCAAUUAAUAAAAGAAGGAUUCAUAUCUAUUCUAGCCAACAUGGCAUGGCAAACAUUCGGUAGUUCCACGAUGCCAAAAUAUUGUUUGCAAGGUUUAGUAAGAAUAAUUUCUAACAUGAGUUUUGAGGAUUCCAGGAAAGAACUUACGAAAUUAUUAGAUUGUAAUAUAAUUCGACUUCUCUCGGCAUGUCUAAGGAACAGUAUUGAGAAUUCGGAUAAAGACGAACUUCCGUACUGGUCCAUGAGGUUACUACACGAAUUUGUUGUCAAAAAUAUUGGGAGAGAUAAUUUUCGCCAAAUGAAAGGAUUGAUUAAAUUCAUGUCACACUUACUUACGAUCGAAGACCCUUACAUAUCUAGAAUAAUAUUAAGUUCAUUGAAGUAUUUAUCCCAUGAUAGCGAAAACUUUCGGGAGGAAAUGAUUCUUUCAGGUAUCACUCGAAAGAUCAUUAAAUGCUUGAAUUCACAAGAUAAUAAUCUCCUUCACUGGAGUUUGAUAGUUCUGCAGGAUUUGGCAUAUCAUCCUGAAUCCCAUCAGGAUUUUUUCAUAUCUGGAGGAUUAGCAAGCUUAAUUGUUUUGGCGGCAUCAGAUAAACGUUUAUAUGUUGCAAGGAUUUUCUCUUCAAUUUGCACUUCAUCAAAUUUUCACAAUAAGAUCGUAAAUGAACCUGGAUUUAUUGAUACCAUACUCAAAAUGCUUGAGGACGAGAACGAACAUGAUGUUCAAUACGCAGCUGCUAUUGCAUUAUAUAAUUUAUCAACUAUGUCAAAUGUUACGGCACGUUUUCUAAUAAAAUCAAAAUGUGUCGACAUAUUAACGAAUGUAUUAUUUAAUUGUGGAAAUGAUAAGUUACAAAUGACUUGUGCGAAGACGCUUUUGGUAUUAGCAUUAAAAGAAAGGGAUCUAUUUCCCAAGCUUACUUUGGACAUAGUCGAUCCAUUAAUUAAAUACAUUCUUAAGACGGGAGAAGAGACUAUAAAUUCAUUUUAUUCGAGCCCUCACAGUUCUCGGAAUAAUAUCACCUCAUUAAAAAAUCACAAUUGUAAAAGGUCAUCAGGGCGUAGUAUUUUCACUAAUACACCAAUGGAUUACAGAUCUUCAGUCUCGAAAUCGACAUCAUCCGAUCGACUUUUAGGAUGCCUUGAAUCUCUUUUGAUAUUUAUUCAAAACAAUAAUGUCUAUGAAAGCAUAGGGGAGAAUUCAAAUAAAGAUGAUUUGAUACUAAGUUUAGUGAAACUAUUGUUGGAACUCAUCUUGCAACCUGCCGUCGAAUCAUGGAUCAAAAACCUAAUCGAUAAGAAAUCAACAUUUUCGAUUAAUGAAUUGUUACUAAGGUCUAGUGAAAUAAAUCGCACGAGAAAAUUUAGAUUUUCAUGGUUGGCCUUCUGUAAUACUGCACCUGCACGAGAACAUGGAGAGAAUAAUUUACAACGACCAACAGUAACGAAGGAUAAUUUGAGCUUAUUGUCGGAUAGCGAGGAUUUACGAAAAUUAAAAGUAUUGUUGUCAAAAAGUGCAGCCAGCUUGCUCACUGCUCUUACUUAUUACUAUCCAUUUAUUCGGGACUUCAUUGUUGAAAAUGACACGUUUUUCGGUGCUUUGAUAAAGCUAUGUCAAGAAUGUCCUUCUCUUACCGAAAGUGUCGUUUCAUUUAUAGCUUUAUUCUCUAUUGAAGGUGGCCCCUAUUCCUUGGGAAUAAAAAUGCUAACAAUGGCGACUGUAUGGAAAGUGUUGCAUAGGACACAUUCACCCAUAAUUCGCUUUUACGGAAAUCUGUUUUUAUAUUACAUGAGUCAACCGUGGCCCGUCGAAGAGGAAGAAUCACGUCUCUCAGAUUUGUUUACAUGCUAUUGUAUGUUGAAUAUUACAGAUUGUACGAGUCAGAUAGUGUUAUCCGGUGAUAUGUUUGAGUGUCGAAAUGAUUCACAUAGAUUUGAAAGUAUCCGGGCCACUCACUCUAUCUCAGAGGAUCGUUAUGCGUACGAAGUAAUAUUGUGUACUGACGGAUUAAUACAAGUAGGUUGGGCUACCAAGGAUUGCGUGUUUGAUCCAGAAAAUGGUAGAGGUGUUGGUGAUGAUAAACAUUCGUAUUCCUACGAUGGUCAUCGCAAAAGGAGAUGGCAUGAUCAAGAAAAUAACAAUGGAUACGGCGAGACUUGGCUUAUUGGAGAUAUUAUAACUUGUGCAAUCGAUGUGAAUGAAGGCAUAAUAACUUUUUAUAGAAAUGGUGAAAGUAUGGGUGUUGCUUUUAGUGACAAAAAAAUUUGUACCGGAGGUCCAUGGUUUCCUGCAUUGUCACUUUCAUCAAAUCAAGGCUGUCGUGUUCAUUUUGGUAGCAUUUUAGAUCCUAUCAAAUACCUACCUAAUGAAUAUUUACCAGUUGCUUCCGUCGUUCCAAGGUUUGAGUUUAACCACUCAUCUCUUUCAUCCAUUAUUACCGAUGGUGAAGAUAAUGAUAAUAAUGAAAUUCGCAGUACCGACAAGUUGUGUUCACGGAUAAAAUCAUCCGCGGAAAAACAAAAAUUAGAUUCCCUUGAGGUCUCGACUGUGGCUAGUUCUACGUUGACGUCUCAGCCAGCCGGAUCUAUUCCGGGUGUAAUUAAUCAGAAACAACCAGAGAUGACUACUAGUUUUGGUUGUACGCUUUUUGAUACUGAUGUCACCUUUGUUCCCCUGUUAUAUUACGAAGUUGAGAAUCCUAUCGAUUUCGACACAUGGUUAGUAGGACUUUUGGAAACCCGAAUAGAAAAGAAUGAUGACUUAAAAAUUGAAUAUCAAGGUCAGGAGGCCUUCGUUAAAAUGUAUACUAACUUAAGGCUCAACGAUGGUGAUUGUAUUGGUUGGGGUGCCUUUGAUUCGAAUGAGCCUCGAUUGACCGAAUAUAAGUACCUUGAUUCUGAAAAGAUUUUGUUGAAAUGCUUUUUCACGUUGAAUGGUAGUAUAAUAGAAAACGGCAUAACUGACGAAUUAUUUUCACAAAAAAAAUUCGAAUCAGCGCAUGAAUUCAUUUUUCCAUGGAUUCGUAACUUGCCACAUUGCGUACCAUCCUUUGGAGUUAUCAAAGGCGAAAAACCCACAUUUCGAUUCAAAAAAGCGAAUGACAGGCAUUCCGUUCGCGCAAUGUCUGAGUACAUGACCUGGUAUACUCAAAUAUGGUGGAAAUCUCAUGAAAUAUAG